AUGUCAUACAUUAUUCAUGAUCUGUGUUCUGGUGGUAAACACCCUCCAUUUUGUUGUUCGAAUCUCAUUGGGCUACUUUUUGUUUGGAUGGGGGAAGGUAUCCAAGGGAAGAUGAGGGAUUACCAACUGGCUGGACUAAAUUGGCUCAUACGAUUGUAUGAGAAUGGGAUAAAUGGAAUUCUGGCUGAUGAAAUGGGGCUUGGUAAAACAUUGCAAACCAUAUCUUUAUUGGGUUAUUUGCACGAGUUCAGAGGAAUAAAAGGCCCACAUAUGGUGGUUGCUCCAAAAUCUACACUUGGAAAUUGGAUGAAUGAAAUUCGUCGAUUUUGUCCUGUUCUACGUGCAAUUAAGUUUCUUGGCAACCCUGAUGAAAGGAGACAUAUACGAGAGGAACUUCUGGUUGCUGGGAAGUUUGAUGUCUGUGUCACAAGUUUUGAAAUGGCAAUCAAGGAGAAGUCUAUGUUGCGUAGAUUUAGUUGGCGGUACAUAAUUAUUGAUGAAGCUCAUCGAAUCAAGAAUGAGAAUUCUUUGCUGUCCAAAACAAUGAGACUCUACAGUACAAACUAUCGCCUCCUUAUUACUGGCACACCACUUCAGAAUAAUCUUCAUGAACUCUGGUCUCUUCUCAACUUUCUUCUGCCCGAAAUAUUUAGUUCUGCUGAAACUUUUGAUGAAUGGUUUCAAAUCUCUGGUGAAAAUGACCAACAGGAGGUUGUUCAACAGUUGCACAAGGUCCUCCGGCCAUUUCUUCUUCGAAGGUUGAAAUCAGAUGUUGAGAAAGGGUUGCCACCUAAAAAGGAAACUAUUCUUAAAGUAGGCAUGUCCCAAAUGCAGAAACAGUAUUAUAGAGCAUUACUUCAGAAGGAUCUUGAGGUUGUAAAUGCUGGUGGUGAACGGAAACGCCUCCUGAACAUAGCUAUGCAACUACGCAAAUGUUGUAAUCAUCCAUAUCUUUUCCAAGGUGCUGAACCUGGUCCUCCCUACACGACAGGAGAUCAUCUCAUUACAAAUGCUGGUAAAAUGGUUCUUUUGGAUAAGUUACUUCCUAAAUUGAAAGAGCGUGAUUCUAGGGUUCUUAUAUUUUCACAGAUGACUAGACUGCUAGACAUACUUGAGGAUUAUUUAAUGUUUCGUGGAUAUCAAUAUUGUCGCAUUGAUGGAAAUACUGGUGGGGAUGAUAGAGAUGCUUCCAUUGAUGCUUUCAACAAACCAGGGAGUGAGAAAUUUGUCUUCCUUUUAUCAACUCGUGCUGGAGGUCUUGGUAUUAAUCUUGCUACUGCUGAUGUUGUCAUUCUUUAUGACAGUGACUGGAACCCACAAGUUGACUUGCAGGCUCAGGAUCGUGCUCAUAGGAUUGGUCAAAAGAAAGAAGUUCAAGUUUUUCGUUUUUGUACUGAGUAUACAAUUGAAGAAAAAGUCAUUGAAAGGGCCUACAAAAAGCUUGCACUUGAUGCUUUGGUGAUUCAGCAAGGGCGAUUAGCUGAGCAGAAGACGGUAAAUAAAGAUGAAUUGCUUCAAAUGGUUAGAUUUGGGGCUGAAAUGGUUUUCAGUUCCAAGGAUAGUACAAUUACAGAUGAGGAUAUUGAUAGAAUUAUUGCUAAAGGAGAGGAGGCAACAGCUGAGCUUGAUGCCAAGAUGAAGAAAUUUACUGAAGAUGCCAUCAAAUUUAAGAUGGAUGACACUGCUGAGUUAUAUGAUUUUGAUGAUGAGAAGGAUGAAAACAGAUUUGAUAUAAAAAAAAUUGUUAGUGAGAACUGGAUUGAACCACCUAAAAGGGAGCGGAAGCGCAACUAUUCAGAGUCUGAAUACUUCAAGCAAACAAUGCGUCAAGGUGGUCCUACUAAACCAAAAGAACCUCGAAUUCCUAGGAUGCCCCAGUUGCAUGAUUUCCAGUUUUUCAACACACAAAGGUUGAGUGAGUUGUAUGAAAAGGAAGUUCGCAAUCUCAUGCAAACACACCAGAAGAAUCAGAUAAGAGACUCAAUAGAUGUUGAUGAACCAGAAGAGGUGGGAGAUCCAUUGACUGUUGAAGAGUUGGAAGAAAAGGAACGGUUGCUUGAAGAGGGAUUUUCAUCUUGGAGUCGGAGGGAUUUUAAUACUUUCAUUAGGGCGUGCGAAAAAUAUGGCAGAAAUGAUAUAAAAAGUAUUGCUUCUGAGAUGGAAGGAAAGACCGUGGAGGAAGUUGAAAGAUAUGCGAAGGUCUUCAAAGAAAGAUACAAGGAAUUAAAUGAUUAUGAUAGAAUUAUUAAAAACAUUGAAAGGGGGGAGGCAAGAAUUUCUCGUAAAGAUGAGAUCAUGAAAGCUAUUGGGAAGAAGUUGGACCGCUACAAGAAUCCUUGGCUAGAGUUAAAGAUACAGUAUGGGCAAAACAAAGGGAAGUUGUAUAAUGAAGAAUGUGACAGAUUCAUGAUAUGCAUGGUUCACAAACUUGGCUAUGGGAACUGGGAUGAGUUAAAGGCGGCAUUUCGAACUUCACCGUUGUUUCGAUUUGAUUGGUUUGUUAAGUCUCGCACAACUCAGGAAUUAGCAAGGAGGUGUGACACCCUCAUUCGGCUAGUAGAAAAGGAAAAUCAAGAAUAUGACGAGAGGGAGAGACAAGCUCGCAAAGAGAAGAAACUUGCCAAAAACAUGACCCCAUCAAAGCGUGCUUUGGCAAGACAGACAGAGAGUCCGUCUUUGAAGAAGCGGAAGCAGUUAACCAUGGAUGAUUAUGCAAGCACGGGGAAGAGAAGAAAAUAA